AUGACUUUAGAGGCAGCGUUUGUGCACGAAGAAGUCAAAAGAAUAUCCAAGGAAUGUGCCAGAAAACCCAACAAGAAAAUAUGUAGAAAAGGAGGAACCCAUUCCAAAAAACAGGGCGAGGAUUUAUCCGAUAACGACGGUGAUGAAGAUGAAGACAUACGAGACACUGGAGCCAAGCCUGUGAUGGUGUACAUCCAUGGAGGAUCGUACAUGGAGGGCACCGGAAACAUGAUUGACGCAAGCGUGCUGGCCAGUUAUGGGAACGUCAUCGUUAUCACUCUCAACUUUCGAGUCGGCGUCCUAGGGUUCCUCAGCACAGGAGACCAGGCUGCUAAAGGAAAUUAUGGCCUUUUGGAUCAGAUCCAGGCUCUGCGCUGGAUAAGCGAGAACAUUGGCUAUUUCGGCGGUGAUUCCAACCGCAUCACUGUUUUUGGAUCAGGAAUCGGUGCCUCUUGUGUGAGCCUUCUGACCCUGUCCCACCAUUCUGAAGGACUGUUUCAUCGUGCCAUAAUCCAGAGUGGCUCAGCAUUGUCCAGCUGGGCCGUCAACUACCAGCCGGUUAAAUACACAAGGAUGCUGGCAGAGAAAGUGGGCUGUAAUGUGCUGGACACACUUGACAUGGUAGACUGCCUGAGAAAGAAGAGCGCUCGUGAGCUAGUGGAACAAGACAUCCAGCCAGCGAGAUACCACGUCGCCUUUGGCCCAGUCAUUGACGGCGAUGUCAUUCCUGAUGACCCUGAGAUCCUGAUGGAGCAGGGCGAGUUCCUCAACUAUGACAUCAUGCUGGGUGUUAACCAGGGUGAGGGGCUGCGCUUUGUGGAGAACGUUGUGGACUCUGAAGAUGGCGUCUCAGGCAAUGAUUUCGACUUCUCGGUCUCUGACUUUGUGGACAGUCUUUAUGGUUACCCAGAGGGAAAGGAUACCCUACGAGAAACCAUUAAGUUCAUGUACACGGACUGGGCAGAUAGAGACAACCCUGAGACGCGCCGUAAGACUCUGGUGGCGCUUUUCACCGAUCAUCAGUGGGUGGAGCCCUCGGUGGUGACGGCAGAUCUUCACGCCCGCUAUGGGUCGCCCACGUACUUCUACGCCUUCUACCACCACUGCCAGAGCCUGAUGAAGCCCGCUUGGUCAGAUGCGGCCCACGGAGAUGAGGUGCCCUAUGUCUUUGGCAUUCCCAUGAUUGGCCCGACUGACCUCUUCCCCUGCAACUUCUCCAAAAAUGAUGUCAUGCUCAGUGCUGUUGUCAUGACCUACUGGACAAACUUUGCCAAAACUGGAGAUCCCAACAAACCAGUGCCUCAGGACACCAAGUUCAUCCACACAAAGGCCAAUCGCUUCGAAGAGGUAGCCUGGUCCAAAUACAACCCGCAAGACCAGCUGUACCUGCACAUCGGCCUCAAGCCACGAGUCCGGGAUCACUACCGCGCCACUAAAGUGGCGUUCUGGAAGCACCUGGUCCCUCAUCUGUACAACCUUCACGACAUGUUCCACUACACCUCCACCACCACCAAAGUGCCACCGCCCGAGACGACUCAAAACUCCCUGUCCACCAAACGUCCCAACGGCAAAGCCUGGCCGUUCAACACCAAGCGGCCUCCGAUGUCUCCAGCCUACAACAGCGAGAGCGGGAAGGAGCAGUGGAACGGAGAAGAGGAACCAGGCCCUCUGGUGGUGGAGAACCCACGGGAUUACUCCACCGAGCUGAGCGUAACCAUCGCAGUGGGAGCUUCUCUGCUGUUCCUCAACGUUCUGGCGUUCGCCGCUCUGUACUACCGCAAGGAUAAGCGCCGACAGGAGCAGCACCCGCAGCCCAGCCCUCCACGAGCCACCACCGCCAACGACGUGAACCGGCAUGCCCCUGAAGAGGAGAUCAUGUCCCUGCAGGUCAACCAGACGCACCACGAGUGUGACGCAGGGCCACCCGGAGACCCCUUACGGCUGGCUUCGCUUCCCGACUACACGCUGACUCUGCGACGCUCGCCUGACGAUAUCCCGCUCAUGACGCCCAACACCAUAACCAUGAUCCCCAACUCGCUGGUGGGCAUGCCCAACCUACAUCCGUACAACACCUUCACAGCUGGCUUCAACUCCACCGGCCUGCCACACUCCCACUCCACCACGCGUGUAUAGCUUUAUGGCCAUCCGACAAGAGGGAGGGAUGGGGGAAGAGUCUUUGGCUUCAAUGAAAACACUGAUGUGAGAGGAGGGGGUUCAGGACGAUGGCGGAAACGAAAAGAUUUGAAUAGACUUUUGCAAAAAGCAGUGACAAGUUCUUUCCAGAUGUCAAGUUGUGCAAACCUGCCAAAACAGAACUGCUCUCUUUCCUUUGAAAAGGGACGAGCGUUUCAAGCAGUAUUUUUUCUAAUCAUCGUUUUAAAAGAGAAGAAAGAAACGGCUUUUUAAGCAGAAUCGGGCGAAUGGAGCGAUCACUUUUUUCUUGAAUAAAUAACAAAAAAACAAAGGAAAGUGCAUUUUAUUUCCCAUCACAGUCUUUUGUGGGGAACAUGUUUCAAAACAAUGGCCUCUAAGGUGACAUCUGCAUUAUAUUGUUUGCUUUGCUUUUCGAUUUCUUUUCAAUGCCUUAUAAAGAGCUGUUUUUUCACUUCAUUUGACUAUCUUUUCCUGAGAUGUGUCUGUGUGGAACAUAGCGAUCUGACUCGAGCGGUUGGAUUCCAGGAAGCAUUAGACAGACGACAAAUAUGGAAACGGUGGAUUGAAAUGGUAACUGCAACUCAUUUUCCAGUUGCAUAAGCUCACAUGUGGUGUUUUAACUUUUUUUCUUGGUUCCACUGAAAGUCUUUUGUUGGAAACUUUUCCAUUGGACAAGACUGGAGAUAAAGACUUUACUGUAAGAAGUUACUGUAAGUGUUUUGUUUAAAGAAAAGUGCAUCUUUUACUACAAAAAUUAGCUAUCGGCUCCUGCGUCAAAUUCCCAUGAAAUGCACACUUACACACAACGCUCAGAGCACUGUUUGACUGGUGUGUG